UACGGCACUGCAGCGUCGUUUCCAUGACAACACCAGAUUCGUUCGUUUUAGUUUUUUUUACCGUGUCGGAAAAAAGAGGCUGUAGCUAGAAGUACUGUAAAGGACUGCUCGCCAGAACAAUGAUAACAAUAACCUAUUCGUCACAACAAAAGUCUGCCUCAUAAACCUGGGCCAUCUACGUAGACACGUACUUCACUACCGGGAGCCCGGGAGUACCUGCCAUUAAGUAAAGGCGGCAUUAAUGAUGGAAGCCCCUUUGGAAGACAAGACUCCUGCUGGUGCUUCAGCGGGGACUGAAGGACUCGACCGAGAGGUUUUGAAAGCCUCUGACGAAGCUAUCACAUUCAUGUCCCGCACUGAGCCUGCAGAGCUACAGAAAUGUGUGUUUCCAGACUGUCUAGUGACGAUGUCAGAGGGUGGCCGGGACCUGGGGAAGUUCACCGUAACGGUGGAGUUUACCCGAAGAGGCCAGCAGCCCUGUAUGCUGCUGCAUGCCCAGAGUCAGGGUGCCAUUAAUGACUCCCCCUGUGGAACAACAGUGACAGCCUAUAUAACCACAGACCUGGAGGUGUUGGAGGAAGAUUACCAUGAGUAUGUCAAGCUCAAGGGCCACAGUUUGGACAAGAGGUGUCACAUGGUACAGCGUGAUGGGCAGAUGGUGAUCAAUAAAGUAACCACUGUUGGAGAGGAUGUGACAAAGGAGAGCAUUUCUUAUCCUAUGUCAGUCCUAAGAGGGCUGGUAACAGAAGGUUCCCAUCUGCUGCUAAUGCGCCUCAUCGCUCUUAGGAAGAAGGUGCCAGAACACACGAUCUUCGUCUCCUUCAAUCAGGGAUUACACAUUAUUCAUACUACUUUUAGGGAGCUGGGUCUGAAGCAGCUUGAGGUUGGGGGUGAGACAGUGGACGUAUUUGGGGUGGAGAGGAUUGUUCACUCCGUGGAGGACAGCCCCAGUACAUGGGAGUGCUACUUCCUGGCUGAUGCGCAUUUGGCCAGCAGAGUGCAGGUAGGAUCACCGGUCACCAUGAGACUUCUGCAGCUGCCAUCCCAGCUAGAAAAAGGUUUUGAAAAGAUCCCUCUGGUUUGGGAAGAAGACAUGCAGAUGCACUCCAAAUUCUUGGACAGAAAGGAGGAGCUGAAGGCGGACCAUGCCUCGUAUCUGAGACGGCACCCAGAGAUCCGUGCCCUCAUAUCUGACUUCUUGCAGUUCUUGCUGCUCAGGAAACCAGAUGAUGUCUUCCAGUUUGCCAGAGAGUAUUUCCAAGCUUUCGCCUCCCACUAUCCCCCAGAACCAAACCUGAAGCCCCCCUCACUUUAAAAGCACACAUGCUCAAAGGAGCCUUUCAGCUUUCUGUCAUUGUUAACAGUAUAACUGCAGAUGAAAUUAAAAAAAGAAAAAAAAUAGUGAUCUGAAUAAAGUGGUUUGUUUCAAAUA